AUGGCAACAUGGGCACGCCAUCUUCAUGAUGUUUUCUAUCUCUACGCACUAUCUCUAAAUGAAUCCCUUACGCUGGAUCCUGUCGGAGGGCAGUCUAACGCCACCACACUGUUUCAGUCGAUGAAACGGAGUUUUGUAGGAUUAACUGGUUUGGUCAACAUAAACUCUAAUGGAACACGAAUUCCACUGUACUCGGUAUACGUCCUCGAUACCAACUUCAAUCAAAUUACGCCUAUGAAUUUAACAUUUGCUGACGGGAAAGCAGUAAUGUCAAAGGGCUACACAAAUGAGGCAACAGCUUUCUGGGCAACUCGAGGUGGGCAACGGUGA